CCGGAGCCGGGUUUAUAGGGGGGAGGCGGAGCCGGGGUUUGAGUGACGGACUGCUCGUGCUCACCCCCCCAACCUCUGGCGCGCGCGCGCACACACACACACACACACACACACACAAAACCCAGCACGCACACAGACACACAAUCCAGGGUGCACACACACAUGCACACUUUAUUUUCACAGGGAGACACGCGAAUACAGAUUUACAACACACACCCGGCUCUGGAGGCACGCAUACAUACACUCAUUUUCACAGAUUCACAACACACACACAGCCCAGGGCAUCCUUACACACAGAGGCACACAAAUACACAGACUCGCAUUCACACAGAGCUAUUCGCUCACACAACUAUUGAGUUUUCUCAGACACGCAGCUGCCCCAGGUAUAACCCUCCACACACCUCCCCCCACAUUAGUUCACCCAGAGUUACACACAACACAGUUCCACACAGACACACACACUGGUAGGCUCACACAUACAGAGAUGUAGUCACACGUACACAUACAGGUACACUGCUAUUCACACAGACACAAAAUUACACAAAUUGUUCCUCACACACCUGUACACAUGCACAAGCAGUUGGCAAACCCACAGAGCUCACACACUAUCCUAUCACACCCUCUCCCUUGCACACACACUGAAACACAGAGACACGCUCACACACACAUGCACACUUUCCCUUGCAUGCACACACUCACUCUUUCCUUUGCAUGCCUACUCAUACACACACCCACUUUCCCUGGCACACUGACACUUAAACACAUACCGACGCUCUCACACAGGUACCUGCUUUCCCUUUUACAUGAACUCUUUCCCUUGGGUGUGUGCACACUGACAAUCUCUUGCACACACCCGCACACAGUCACACACACAGACGCUCAUGCGCACACACACACAAAAUCUCAUGCUCACACACAUGCACACGCAGAGAAUCUCACACCUGCUCACAGAAUCUUGUGUGCACAAACACGCACACAAUCUCUGUCAGGCACAGUUUCACACACCGACUCUCUCUCUCUCUCUCUCUCUCUCACACACACACACACACACACACACACACACACUGAGCUGAAUGGAAACUCCUUUCGCUCUCCGCCUUCGCUCAGGACUCCCUGCUUCCCAUCGGGAACGGUUCCUCCCAGCUCAGCCUGCCCAGGAAGCCAUGUCAUGCCUGGGCCUGCAAGAGUUCUUUUCACACCCUGUGCUCCCCUGGCUGAAGACGGGGUGAAGGCCUGUAAGGAUGUAGCAGGUUGGGCAACUGCCUUUUCCCAGCCAGAAGCCCCAGCGCCUUCAGCUCUGCUGCACAGCCAGGGGCACUCAGCUCCUCAAAGCCUGUCUCCACUCCCUCUCCGGGGGACCUCCCAUGGCAUGUUACCCCUUGUGCUCAACUAUCUGCCCCAGCCUGAAUUUAGCUCAGACACGCGGAUUUCUUUCCACAGACCCGAAGAAGAGCUCUGUGUAGCGCAAAAGCUUGUCUCUUCCACCAACAGAAGUUGAAUAUAAGGACAUAAGAGUGGCUCUACUGGGUCAGACCAAGGGUCCAUCCAGCCCAGUGUCCUGUCUUCCGACAGUGGCCAGUGCCAGG